AUGGAAGAUCUAUUCAAAUGGGAGUUAUUAAGAUCUUUUAGAAAUGUAUCAUGGUUAACUAAGUUGACUGAAUAUGAGAGAUAUUGUAAAGUGGCUCAAUUACAAAUUGAUGCUUUACGUCUAAAUGCUGAUCACAAGAAACGCCCGCUCGAAUUUAAUAAAAAUGAAGUAAGAAAUAAUAAUCAAAAAGAGAAUAAAAAAGAUAAUCAUGAAAAAGGAAGCGGAAACAAAGUAAAAACAUUUGUUUGUUAUGUGUGUGGUAUAGAAGGUCAUAAAGCCAAUGCAUGUCCAGAAAAGAAAACUACUCAACACAAAAGAGUGGAAAAUGAGACAGGAGGAGCAAUUGUGCAACUACCUAUAAAUUUACCAAAUGGUGAAAUUAAAGAAAUUACAACAUAUAUUGAUACAGGAGCAGACAGAACAUUAAUUUCGGAAGAACUUGCGCACAGUCUCAUAUGGGGAAAAGAAUCAAAUAAUAUAAAGAUUUGGGAACAUACAGUUAAAUAUGAAAGCUUCGUCUGUUUAAAUAUAAAGAGUAAAGAUACCAUAUUUACAGUGAAGGCUGUGGUCAUUCCUACGCACACUAUGGUUUUUCAAAAUUAUGCACAUAUUCUAUUAGGAUCUGAGAGUUUACGCAUGGGUGGCAGAUUGGUCAUAGACAACCAACAAAAAAGUUGUGAAAUGUUUGGGUUGACAUUAAAAGCCAAUAUUGUUACUGAAGAAUAUGAACCCACAGUCACGAUUAGAAGGCAACGUCGAAUCACCAUGGUUGAUAAUACGGGACAACAGUUGAUAGAACAAUCAUUGGAGGAAGUAUUUGCAAUUUAUCCAAAAGUAGUUACUAAUGACUCUUCGGCAUUAGGGUCCAUGAAAUUCACAGUUAAAAAAAUUCAUUUCCAUAAGGAGUUACCUAAGAUUGUCAAAUACACAAACACUGUUCAAACAAAUCAACUAAUAACAAAGGAAGUUCAACAAUUGAUUGCCAAUGGGGUGCUGGUACCAUGUACCACUCCUAAAUUUAUCACUAACUUGGUAAUAGUGAGAAAUGAUGGAUCGGAGAAAAUACGAGUAUGUGGCGAUUUUCGGCGAUUAAAUUCGGCGGUAAGUAAAAUAGCGUCAUAUACCCCAUCCCAGAAAGUGAUUAUCAGUAAUUUAGCAGAAGCUAAAUAUUUUCUUCAAAUGGACCUGUUAAAUGAAUAUCAUCAUGUACCAUUAGGUACGGAAAUUUGGGAUUUCUUUGCAGUGUUCACACCAUUAGGUAUAUUUAAAUAUACUCGUUUACCAUUUGGUUUCAUAAAUGCAAGAACGUUGUUUGGUUUUGCAGUCACUGAGGUAUUAAAACCUGUAAUAGAUUGGUUACAACAUAAUGGAUCAAUAUCAGCUAUUACCAUAUAUGUAGAUGACAUUGUUGCUAGUGCACAAACGUUGGAUGAAUUAAAAGAUCUGGCUCAUCACAUCUUUGAAUGUUUUCAUAGAGAGGGAUGCAAACUAAAACAAUCCAAGUUGCACAUAGGAACUUCAAUUAAUUUUUUAUCAUACACGAUUUCAAAUGGAACAGUAGUUUCGCAGAAAGAUACUUUGACAAAAAUUCAACAAUAUAGAAUCCCAUCAACGUUGAAACAAGUGCGCAGAUGGUUGGCUAUGAUUGGUUAUUAUGCUAAACACAUUAAAGGCUUACAAUUGUUAUUGUCAUUUAUAGCAAAAUUACUACGAAAGGAUGUACCAUUUUAUUUUGAUCAGAAGUGUAUACAGGCAUUUCACACUAUAAAUAAUACGUUAGGGAACGCUCACAUAUUACUAAUCCCGAGAUUGGAGAGUGAAUUUUUCCUGAAAUUGGACUCUAGUUUUGAUGGUUCCAAACGUUUUCGCCUGGGAAAACGACCUUCUUCUGUAACUAUGCUCAAGUUAAAAGGUAUUGUCAUGGCGCUUCAACAUUUUGGAAAAUUCACCAGUCAUAUUACAGUAUUCAGUGAUCAUAAACCAGUGGUUGGGAUGAUUAAACAUGGAAAAGCUUCUGAACUAUACCAAUAUUUAUCGUUUUUGGAGGAAACGGGUAUAACCGUUAAAUACAAGAAAGGUUCCAAUAUGGUUGUCAGUGAUACCCUUUCGUGCAUGCACAUUCGCAAAACGCGGAAAGCACCCACAUCUACGGAGCGGGCAGUAUUUGUAUCAACAAAUAAGAAUAAAAUAAUAGAGUUGGUUAAACAAUUACAUUUAAAAUUUUGUCAUCUUGGAAUUCACAAAAUAAAGAAUCUGUUAGAAGAGUAUGAAAGUGAGGGAAAAGAAAUCUACAGUGAAUAUAGAAAACAAGCAAACUAUUGCGAAGCAUGCCAAAGAGUGAACAAACAUUUAAAAAAAUAUGGAAGUAGUAGAUGUGAGACAUAUAAUGCUAUGGAUUAA